GCCUCCAAACGUGAUGCCCAUCGUGAAGUUCUCUCCAAUCGUCUUAGAACGCUGCAGGAACGAUCAGAAGCGAAAGACAUUCCCAUGAUGUCUACCAAUCGACAGCACGCACCAACACAUCCCAAAUUCACGGCUGCCCAAAAAAGAACAAGUAAUCAAAGUCGAACGCCUCAAACUGGAGGAAACUUAGUUGUUCCACCUCCUCUACCUAAAGUUGCGACCAGAAAAGAACAAAUGGAGUUAAUGGGCAGCUCGUCGCCUGACGAACAAAUAAGAGGCCAAACAUAUGGAGAAAUCAUAGAUCCUAAGAAAUUGCAAUUACAUAGCAGUCGACACGGAUCUCAUAACAAUCCUAAGGCCAGCAGCGCUUAUCAAGCUCUCACAGCUGAACCAUCCGAGCUAGCUAGAGAAGAAGAAGAGGAAGAGGACACAUUCAAGGCCAUUUCCGCAUUGUCAGAUCGUUACGGUAUACAUCAUCGACCGCGAAGUCGUAGCCCUUUCACAAGGCCAGGUCUAUGGGAACCCAAUCCGGACAAUCCUCAUAAUAGGGACCAUGCAAACAAAUGGUGGUAUAAUCCGUAUUCUGUAACUGCAGACUGGCUGAAUGGACAGGAGGGCAUCAAGCUGAAUGCAUAUCGAGAAGUUCUCUACAACCGUCUAAAAACACUGCAGACUCGGAUUCCAGACGGCUAUUUGGAAUGGCCUGACGACCCUACUGUUCCUGCCAAUCGACAGUAUGCAACGCGUAAUGUAUUCACUACUCUGGAACAAAGAUUGGACCCUAAAACUGGUCCUACCAGUGCGGAAACCAUGGAUUCUCAGAAGGUGCAAGCUCGAAGGAAAGGGAAUCGGUUUAUUCGAGAAUCUGGAGGAAGCAGCUCACCUCGCGUUGAUCGCAGGGGACUAAUCCGAACGCUAAGAGCGAUCAACUCACUAACUGCUGAUCCUAUGACCUUCUCCACUGAGCGUACCAUGCCAUCAUUGGAUAAACCUUUCCGAGCUGAUCAGGCUCUCAAAGCUGAACCACCUGACGCAGCAGCUGAAGAGAAGCUAAACACAUUUCAGGCUAUCUCCUCAUUGUCGGAUCGUCACGGUGUUCAUCAUCGUCCCCGAAGCCGCAGUCCAUUCGUGAGGCCAGGUUUAUGGGAGCCCAAUCCAGAUAAUCCUCACAACAGGGACCAUGCAAACAAAUGGUACUAUCAUCCGUUUUCCGUAGGUGCGGACUGGCUAGGAGGCCAGGCAAGCUGGGGUCGCCAUUGGGCGGUACCCGCUGCUGGUGUCGGUGGCACUGACGAAUACAGCGAAAUACAUUUCCCUUCUCUCGGAACGGUUCUCAACAUUCCAGACGACUAUGACUAA